UGAAAGCAAUGCUCGGUUCAGUCAGUAGUAACCCAUCACCAUGAACAGAUCAGUGGUGUUUCUUUACUUUGCAUUGUUUGCCAUUGUCCCGUUUGCUGCCGGAUUAUGCAAUGUCGGCUUGGGGAAGCGCGUUUUCGGGGACGUGCUGCUCGAAACAUUGAGCUUCAAAAACUCAUCAACCACCGAACCGAAACAGUUAUCACUGGUGAUCAGCUACCAGCCUAAUGCGCAUCUUGGCGAACAGAUAACCUACAGCAAGACGCAGGGAUCUGUUGAGUGUACUCUUGUAAUUCCACAGGCAAAAAACAAGAAAGGACUGUUUCUGACCAUGACAAGCCAAAACAAUGUUACGGAACUGUCGGCAACGUUGGAAAUCUACGGAUUCCGCCAAGGGCAGGCAGUGAGAGUUAAUUGAGCGUCGCGAACUACCUCCAGCACUUAAGAUUUCCAUCCACUGUCAAGUAAUGUGUGAACGUUGUGAAAGUAAAAGAACCUUUAA